AUUAUCGAAACGUCAGUACGAGCCUAGCACUCUACAAACAAAGUCAUAUCUAGCAUAAUCUAGCUUCAUUCCCAUACUUUAUUGUAUUAAGUUUGUUUAUUACAAAUAAAUACAAUAACAAUUUAGUUUUAUUAAUUCCUUAAUCACAAUUACUCAAAUUUUUGCAUUAACAAUUACAAUUAUAAAAAAAAUUGUACUUUUGUUUGAAAGUUCAAACAAUGAGAAACAAAUAUGUUAUGUUUUUAUUAAUUUGUUUUUGUACUGUGUGUUUGUGUAGACGACCAAGACCUAGACCACCUGUCAAUGGGUCCAGUGAUGGUUGGAUUGCUGUAAUAAUAAUUAUGAUACCCAACAUAUUCGCCUGGUUAUCGCUGUUUAUUGGUACAAAGUUGGCGAAAAGACCAAAGGUGGCAAAAUGGAUUGAGGGAUUGAAUAUGCCUCGGUUUUACCCUCCCGCCUGGCUUUCUUUAUCAGUGUGGACGAUCCUUUAUAUUGCCAUGGGAGUGGCUUCGUAUUUGGUAUACUUGGCUUGCGAUGGAUUUACGAGCGAAGCAGCUGUUCCACUGGCACUUUACGGAUUUCAGCUCAUUUUGAACUGGACUUGGGUACCAGUGUUCUAUGGCACUUGUAAAACAAGCCUAGGUUUCUUCCACUUCGUAGCCUUGGAUGUAGCUGUUAUUGCUUGCACUAUAAGCUUCUUUUUAACUGUUAAAUACACCAUUUACUGUAUGGCUCCCUAUUUGGCAUUUCUGGCCUACUUGACCAUCAUGAGUUAUAUAGUUUGGAAAAAAGACAAGGAGAAUUCUGUAAAAUUAUAGUAAUAAUGUUAAUACAACUAUGUAUAUACAUACAUACAUACAUGUGGUCACGUCUAUAUCCCUGGCGGGGUAGACAGAGCCAACAGUCUUGAAAAGACUGAAUGGCCACGUUCAGCUAUUUGGCUUAAUGAUAGAAUUGAGUAUGUAUAUUAUCUUAAUACAUAGAAUCACGUCUUUAAUAAUUUAUUAGAAACAAAUAUUAUGUACCUAUAGAUGUGUGACUGUGAAUAUUUAGGAAAAAUAAAUAAAACAACAUGGAUUUAUA